CCUCCCCAAGAGAUGGACAUGAAUGCGUUGUUUGAGAACUUGACCAUAAGUGAAAUCAGAGAAAAAGAGAAAAGAAACAGACUGGAUAUUGAAAGGAAGAAAGAAGAUUUGAGAGUGAUGGUUGGAGAAAGGUAUCGAGAUCUGAUUGAAGCGGCUGAUACAAUAAAGGACAUGAAGGACAGUGCAGAAAAUGUGACAAAAUCUAUUGGUCACAUGGAGGAACUGUGCAACCAGAUCAGUCAGAACUGCAAGGGGAAGGGCAUGUCCUGUCGCUCAGCAACCAAGUCUGACAAACCUGUCACGAAGAAACCAGACUCAGAUUUCUACGGAAUUGCUACUCAGAUCAAACUUCUGUUAGAUAUGCCAGAAAAGAUGUGGAGCAGUGUCGACAAGCGAGACUAUCUGAGUGCAACCCAGCUCUACCUCCUGGCUCGCCACAUAAACACCAGCCUCACGCUGGACUCUCAGCGACUCGUGAACAUCCUCUCAUGGUUUCCUGUGCUGUCCAGGCAGUGGGCAGCCAUCAGUCACUUCAAGACGACUAUACUUCAGGGUUGCCGAGACUUGCUGCAAGACACAAGUGGAAUGCACAGUGAUCAGGAGAUUGCUGAGUUCCUGUGCUCCAUCCUCUUGUUGGAAGACAGUACACCCAGACAGGUGUUUAACGAGUUUCUCCUCGCACGAACAAAAGCUUUGCAGGCUGUGCUUCACCCGAACCAGCAGGGUAACAUCAAGGAUCAGGUGUGUACGGUUGUACGGCUGCUGUCGGCCACCAUUCACCAGAUCCAUGCGGUCUUCUAUAACUGUGAGAAAAACACUCAGCAGAAUACAGGUACUUGCAAUCUGUUGGCUGACACCCUGAACAAGGUUACAAGCAAAUCUAAAGAAGGUAGUCUUCUGGAUUUGCAUGGAACUAUAUCAGCCAAAUGUCUACCUAAAUCUGUAAGAGAUUUCCAUCCAGUACUGAGGGGUGUCGGCUCAACAAUCACCUCACAACACCUACAAGACAACUGUCAACACUGGAUCAGCACCUGUGCCCAGGAUGUGAAGUCUGGAGUUGGCAUGUUACUGAGUUUUGUGAACUCUGUCAAGAGACUGGCAGAUAUUCGCGACACUGUCUGGGAGCUUCUAGCACAGGAUGCUGACCUAGAACGCUGGGACAUGAUUUGUGACCGAGUGUUGACAAACCGACUUCAUAUCUGGCCUGACUUCCUGCAAGUUCUCUUCACUGACAGAGUGAUGGCAUUGAUUCAGUACCAGCUUGACACAACAGCAGAGUUCACUAAGAGGAACAUCUCAACAGUUAUGAUGAAACUGACCUCAGAGGUCAAGGACAGCACUAUGCGCUAUGAGAUUGACGUUUCUGAAUACGUGUGGACAGAGACACCUGGUGACAUUCCUCAGAACUCUGUGUGGAUUCCGACAGCCGCCAAGACUCUAGCUGAUGGCGGAGGCCUCAUGUUGAAGGCCAGAGCAUACACUCCAGUAGUACAGAGUUUGUGUCGGACGAUUGACGACAGACUGAAAACACUGCUUGAGGACAACGAGGGUUACAUACAACCCCCGGAGAAGGGAGACAACCCCGAUAUGACCAACCCGUUUAACCGAUUCGGAGAUGCUGCAACAAUCCUCGCCUUUGUACAGACAUCUUGUGGGAAGUGCAUUCAGGAAGUCCUCAACCACUUGAACGAACAACUGAAACUUUGGCAGAAAUCCCUGACAGCAAUUCCCGAUCCUAUUACGAACAUCAUCACCAAGAACAAGAUUUUACUGGUGGCUCGGCUGUGUUACGCAAUACCUGAACUGGUGCCUCGAUUACAGCAGUGCAUUCUGGGACCUACUGAAUGGAAGAAACAAGAAGCCAUGAGCAAAAAGACGAGAAACCCUUCGAAAUCGGUUGCAUGUCAAGAAUGGAUUGCUAUAAAAACAAAACUGGAUCAUUUUAAGCACCAGGCAUUCAGGGUUUGGGUCAAUCAGUCUGCUAUGGAGAUGAUUAAAGAUUUUUCUCAGUGUGUUCAAGCUGACAAAUGUCAAGGAGUUCUUGCAUCAUGUACAAGAUGGGAUGAAGUGGAAAUCAAAGAAGAAGGCGAUGAAGGGAAAACUCACAGUUCCAAGAUUUGUGUCCCAAUGCAGGCCUCCUGGUACGUGCAGGUGAUGAUCUGUGGAAUGUGUCAAGAUUUGAACAGAGUUGGUGGUCAGGCUCUCCCACGGUCUGUGAUCCAUGAACUGGUCCAGCAGGUGACCGAUGGUGUUCUCUCCGUCUACCAACAGCUGGUGAAGGAUGCGAAGACGAAGAAGAAGUCGAGACGGGGCGGUCUGCUCCUCACCCAGCACCAGGCGCUGCAGCACAUCUUCAACUUCAGGUUCAUCCUGCAAACCAUUCCCAGGAAGGACGAGAAUGAGACUAACAAGGCGUACCACAAGAAGGCUCACACUGUGUGUGAAGCACUCGAUCAGUUUGUAGAUCCGUUUGAUCUCGACGUCUUCUCUCCAUACAUACAGUCCAACCUUCUAAAACAGGUGCAGCGCAACUCGGUAAUAUUUGGUGUUGUGGCAUCACUGGACAAACAGGCUCUUCUGCUGGGAGGUCGAGGAGUUCCGACGGGCCACCAGGAACAGCACAACAUUCUUCCUCUGACAACCUGUCCAAACCGCUUCCCACUGCUUCCGCUCAGCACGCAACAAAACCGGUUGUCCAUAACGUCGGCUGUUCUCUCACAGACCAUGUCAAGGGGCCUGGAUGUUGGGAGUGCGUCUCUGACUCAGGCUGUGGAGGCGGUGCUGCCCAAGUCAUCGUCACAAGCAGAUCUCAGCAGUUCGCUGUAUGACAAGCUCGGCUCCAUGGGUUCCAGCUGGUUCUCAAAGCUACAGAAUAAAUAAAACACCCGCCUUUCAGUGUGGUGAUACUGUGGUGUUUGGGUGUCUGUCAAAUCUCAGAAGAUUGUCUGUUUGGCAAAAAUUACAGACUGUAUUUAAAUAAAAGUUUAUGGGUUCAGUUUAGGGAAGAGAAAUAUUUAAAGCUGCUAUCUCUCUACACAAUAUAACAUCAUUUACAAAUGCAAAAUACUAAUAUUUCAAUAUUUUAGUAAUUACUGAAUCUAAUCUGCAAUGAAACAAAGAAAAAAGAAAAAGAAAAAAACAUUUCCAAGGAGUAUGAUUUUCCCAUUCCUAAACGUUUUACAGAGUGUGACUUUUCUCUCUCCUGGUUUUUGUCAAAGACAAAAGUCUAAAUGCAGUUAUUGUAAUCAAAAUCAUUCCUCUACACUACGCAGCAAGUUGGAGAGAUGGCCGUAGUCAUGAAUUGCAGAAAACUAUCAUAGAUGGACGACAUAAAAGACAUUAUUUUUAGAUGUUCUUAGUCACAGAUUGAGAAUACUUUGUGGGCUAUGAAAUUCACGGUAUUUAUAUAUUUUAAUGUGGUUUCUUUAUAUAAUAAGUAAUAUAUUAAAACUUGUGUUUGUUUUAUAUUAGUAAAAUGCUUUCCCAAUGACAGCAACAAAGAAUGAAUGAAGGCACUUACCCAUAGGCAGGAGGCAGGAGCACUCGCACGAGGUUCUUGUGUCGCAGGAUCGAACCACUUCAGUGUAUCCAUUUAACUGAUUGGGUUUUUUCUCAUUCCAACCAGUGCUCCACAACUGAUCAAAGGCUGUGGUAUGUGCUUUCCUGUCUGUGGGAAAGUGCA